GUUACCAAAAAGUUCGGUUUUCAGUGGCAACCACCUCAUAGAACACCUAACUCGUGGCAACCACGAAGUUAGAAAACAUUUAAUAAAAAUAAGAUAUACAAGAAAAAAAAAUAAAAAACCAAGAAUUGGUAUUUAAUAUGAGUACAAUAAAUGGCCCCUAUAUAAUAACCUAAAUCUAAAUAUUCUAAAGUUAGAAAUCAUUAAUUCAUUUAUUUAAUAUACCCUACAUCUAAAUCUUCCAAAGUUAGAAGUAAUAAAUUCGCCCAACCCUAUAUAUUGGCCUCUAACCUCACUUCAUAGUCAUCAGUCAUCACUUCUUCCCAAGUAAAACCCCAAGAAGCGGCUAUUACUUCUCUCCCCUGUUCUUCUUCCUCCACAUUCCCAUUUCCUAAAAAAAAAAUCCCCAAAUCUCCACAUGAUUCCUCCGUAAUUCGGCGCGCCCUCUCAUGGCGUCCCUCGCCGAAUUCCCCCUCCCGGUGAUCUCUCCGACUUGCUGGAGCUAUCGGUAGCGGGAGGAAUCAAUCAAUCAAUCCCCCACGCUGGGUGGUUCUUGAGCAAGAACGGCUCGUCGCCGUGCCGAUCGAUCACGUCGGCCGCCGGGGAAAUCCUCUGGGGAUUUGUGGGUGGUUUUGGGCUAAAGAUUCCGUUUCUUUCGAGCCCUUUUGGUCUCGGGUGGAUCCGCUUAGCUUUGGUUCUUUUGCUGGUUGGGGGGCAUGGCGGCGGAGUCGUCGGCUGCUGCUGCUGCGGGCGGGGGCGAGAGGAGGGGCCCGAUGGAUCUGAACCUGUAUCUCGGCCUCCCUCCGCUGCCGCCGCCUCCGGGAAGGCUGGAUGUCGCCGCCGAUUACCCGUCGCUGCUGCUGAACUCCGCCGCCACGGUGGCGAACGAGCAAAGGGGCUCGGUGGUGGUGGCGGCACCGCCUCCGGCGGCGGCGGCGUACUCGCCGUCGAACGCGCUGUCAGCGCCGGAGCAGGUGCUGGUAGAUCCUGUUGCAGCGUGGCUUGUUGAUCCCGGUGAGCAGCAGCCGGUGCCGCCGCUCGAGACGCCAUCGUACAUGGCCAGGGCCUCGUCGACGCUGCCACAGAUUUUUGCUUGUGCAGCGUUGGAAAUGCUUGUGCAGACCGGUGGAGCAAUCCCACCUACUGGUCUUAUAAGGGGAGCAGAGAUUGCUGCUGCAAGCCGCCCUAUGACGCCGGAGAAUCGGCUGCGGAGGUUGAUCCAGGUGAGCGAUCAACACGGCGUCGGGAAUGGGAGGGCGGGGACUGGGCCAGUGAGCCGCAGCCGACGGGCGAAUAGCCCGGAAGCCGAUAAUCUGGCGCGGGCCAUCCAGAGGUCUCAUAAUUCUCUUGAGGCAUCAAGGAGGCAGAUGCUUGAUGGUGAUGGCAGUGAUGCCACCAAGAAGGAUGACGGUUGCGGAUGCAACGGCAGCUUCGAAUGCAAUAUCUGCUUUGAAUCAGCUAAAGAUCCUGUGGUUACCCCUUGUGGCCACCUCUUCUGCUGGCCUUGCAUAUACCAGUGGCUUCAUGGACAUUCAGAGCACUCUGAUUGCCCUGUCUGCAAGGGCGAGGUGCUCGAAGUAAACGUCACACCGAUUUAUGGAAGAGGAGGUGGCGAGGAGAACUCCUCCAGAAAUGAUAUCCAAAUCCCUCCCAGGCCGAGUGCGCAGAGGACCGAGAGCUUGAGGCAGCAGCUGCAAAGGCCAGACACAAGAGGAGGCAUUGCAAACAUGGUGAGGCGGUUGAUGCAAAACCAAGAUAUAGUGGUAGGCCAGGCGGCUUCAUCUGCACCCCGGCCAAGGGGUAGGGGUCGAAGGCAGGCAAGACAAGAUGCGCCUUCUGCACCAGCAACACAGCAGCAGGUGGUCAAUGCUGAUGCUGGGAGUGGCAAUCAGGCUCCUUUGCCACCUCCUGAUGCUAAUGGUGCUGCACCGGCUGCUGCUGUCGCUCCCCAACAGUCAUCAUCUGUGGAGCAAGCGUCGACUUCUAGCACCGUGGGUGUUAUAGCGGGAGGGCCAGCACAAGGUAGGAGGUCAAGAGUUUCUGAAUCCACCCCUGCAAGGAGGACAAGGAGGAGGCAUCAGUAGGUAACUUAGAGUUGUUACUGUAAUAGAACAUAUACACCAUGUUUCCUUGUAACCUUGAUCAUAUUUAGGCUCAUCCCAAAAUUAUGUAGAAUUGUGGAUGAAAUCUUUUCUUUUAUUUACCUUGUAUCCACCAUUUUACCUUAGGCAAAGGAAUAAAGAUUUCGAUUUCAAUAUA